AUGUGGAUCAAACUCCGGAAACCCAAUGUUAGACGUUCACCAUUCUUCGUAAUCGUAUGUUUCUUCCUUUACAAAACCACAGAAACAUUGCUCCAGGCAGCAACCCGAAUCCACAUAUAUUCAACUGCUUGUUCAGCCCUGGUGAAUGCCUCCAUCGACGGAAAUUUGUGUCAGGACAAUAAGCACAAGGACUAUCAGUUUACCAAAGAAAAUGAUUCUGACUUUCUCGUAGAAGUGAACGUAAAUCAAACGAAUGAGCCCGCAGUGCUACACUUUCUAUCCAAAGAGAUUGAAAUUCAGCGACUAGCAGGACUGUUACUGAUUUUCUACCGGGUAUUGUUCAACUUACCAGCAACCAUAACUUGCCUGCUCUAUGGUUCGUUAUCUAACAAAAUUGGACGGAAAUGGGCGAUGCUGAUUCCCUCUUUUGGAGCCAUGAUGGCCUGUGGGUGGUUUGCCUGCAGUCUCGUUCCUCAUCUGAUGCCAAUUCCUGAGGCAAUCAGUUUCCUCCUAGUUGGUGCUCUCAGCUAUGGCAUCUGUGGGAAGAGCAAUGCAAUGAGUAUGGGUGCUAACAGCUACAUAACAGACUUGAGUAACACCAAGGAACGGACAAAGCUAUUGGGACAACUGCUAGGGGUCAACUGUUUUGGCUUGUGCAUUGGUUCUGGCCUUCUGGCGCUAUUUUAUCGAUACCAAGGGUAUGCGGAGAUUCUCAUGUUUGCAGCUAGUAUCAACGGUCUCCUCACGCUAUUAUUCAUUUUUGUGGUGCAAGAAUCCCGUGAGAUUACCACUCGACCGAUACUACAGGCCAAACGAUCCAAACCCAACACGAUGGAAAACGGGUUAGGUACCCGUUCCAGAGACAUCGCCAAUCCCGAGAGUGAUGACCUAGAUCGACAUACAGGCAAUUACUGCAUGAAAAUUAUUCACGUCUUGAAACAUUCCUACGUUUUUCUCUUCAAAAAACGAGAAAAUGACAUGCGUGCCGUGCUUUUGAUCCUAUUUGGAUCGGUUCUGUUUAACCAGAUGACCAAGUCAGGCGAACAAGAUGCCAUUCUUUUGUUUGUGACCAACAAACCUUUCCGUUGGGGGCCCGAAACCUACGGUUACUAUUUGACUGUCUACUACGGAUGUAUGGCUACCCUACUGACUUUCAUACUCCCUAUCAUAGAGGCUAAAAUUUGUCCACGUGAUACUACUCUCAUUGUGAUUGGAAUGACGAUGAAAAUCGCACGCCUCCUCUCGAUGGGACUGUCAGAGAGUACUGUGCUCAUCUUUGUGGCAGCUGUUGCAGGGUCUGCUGCUGGGUUUAUCAGUUCCGGAGCUCGAUCUUUGAUCAGCAAACUUGUGAACGAUGAUGACGUGGGUGCUAGCUUCGCUAUCGUAUCCUGCAUGGAGACUGUGGCCAACCUAUUUGGUGGAAGCCUGUUCACGGCUAUUUACAACUUGACCAUAACUGUGUUCCCGGGAGCAGUGUUUAUAAUCGACGCCAUUCUUCACUCUGGCAUGCUUGGUGGGUUCAUUUGGCUGAGGUACAAAAUUGCCGAGUUCGAAGCAAAAAGUGGUUCGACCGAGGUGGUAAGAUGA